UGUUGUUGUUAAAGCGUCGCCGCUGGGGAGACAAAGGCGUCCGGGCGUGGUGCUGACAACCCCCCAACCUUCCCGCGCACGUGUCCGCGCCGGCCUUCGUAGGCACUUGCCCCUCCCCACCUCCAAACAGUCUGUGGCAGGCUACACGGGGGACCUUUGUCUUGUGUGUCAGGCGUGGUGGUGGUGGUGGCGAGGGAGGGCGAGCGAGUAAGAGAGCGAGCGAGCGAGCGCGCGUGAUAGUUGAGUCGCUUUAUCGCCGCUACACACGCGCGCCUCGACAACACCACCACCACCAACACCACCACCACACACCACCACCACCAAACACCACCCACCCCCUUCCACCACCACUCAUCCAAUGCCUGCGGGCCACGAGAGGAGGCAGACGCAGCAGCAGCAGCAUCACUGAGAGAGGAGCAGCAGCAGCAGGAGGAGGAGAGGAGGGGAGAGAAACGAUCGUGUGGGUCUUGGGCUCUUGGCAUGCCACCGUGCGCUCGUCACUACAGGCAGCGAAGCGGCCUCCUCCUCUCAUCCUGCAGCAGUAGCAGCAGCAGUAGCAGAGCAGCAGUAGCAGCGGCAGCGGCGGUGGUGGUCCCACGGUGUUCAGUGGCCAUGGCCGGGUGCGUGCACAAUGCCCAGCUCCGGACGCCCGUCAAGGUUGGCUUCUACGACAUCGAGGGCACGCUGGGCAAAGGGAAUUUCGCGGUCGUGAAGUUGGCGAGGCACCGCAUCACCAACACCGAGGUCGCGAUCAAGAUCAUCGACAAAUCUCACCUAGACGAGGGCAAUCUCAAAAAGGUGUACCGGGAGGUGGAGAUCAUGAAGCUCCUCACGCAUCCGCACAUCAUCAAGCUCUACCAGGUGAUGGAGACCAAGAACAUGCUCUAUCUCGUCACGGAAUACGCGCGGAACGGCGAGAUGUUCGACUACCUGUCGAGCCACGGGCGACUGAGCGAGCGCGAGGCGCGACGGAAGUUCUCGCAGAUCUUGGCGGCCGUGGGGUUCUGCCACCAGCACGGCGUGGUCCACCGCGACCUCAAAGCCGAGAAUCUGCUCCUGGACUCCAACAUGAACGUCAAACUUGCCGACUUUGGAUUUGGGAAUUUCUUCCGGCGGGGCGAGGCGCUGACGACGUGGUGCGGCAGCCCGCCGUACGCCGCCCCCGAGGUUUUCGAGGGGCUGGAGUACGAGGGGCCGCAGCUGGACGUCUGGUCCCUCGGAGUCGUGCUGUACGUGCUGGUGUGUGGAGCCCUCCCGUUUGACGGUCCGACGCUGCCCAUCCUCAAGCAGAGGGUGCUGGAGGGGCGAUUUCGCAUUCCCUACUUCAUGUCUGAAGACUGCGAGCACCUCAUCCGCCGCAUGCUCGUGCUCGAUCCGUCCAAGCGGCUGACGAUCGCGCAGAUCCGGCAGCACCGCUGGCUGCAGGGCGAGGGUGGCCCGCCCCGUGCCCUCGUGCUGCCCGAGCAGCCGCCCAUGGCCACGCUCGGGGAGCAGCAGAGCCGCGCCGAGCCGUCCGCCGCCACAGCCGCCGCAGCCGCCGCCGCCGCCGCGGCCGCCCUCGCCGCCCUCCCGUCGCCGCCCUCGCCGCCUCCGCCGCCGCCGCCGCCGCCGCCGCCGGCCGUGUCCGUCCAGCCAGCGGCCGCGUCGGAGUCCGCGUCGCCAUCGCCGCUGUACAGCCCGGGCCUGCCCCAGUACAACGAGCACGUGCUGAGGCUCAUGCAGAGCCUGGGCAUCGACCAGCAGAAGACUCUGGAGUCGCUGCAGAACAGAAGCUACAACCACUGCUUCGCCAUCUACCACCUGCUCGUCGACCGCCUGAGAGCUCACCGCUCCAGCUUUCCCGUGGACCACCGCGUGGACGCGCGCAACAGGCGGCCCAGCACCGUCGCCGAGCAGGCCCUCGCCAAGGCCAACCCAGCGAUGUACCCCAUGGGUCUCCUGCCUCAGAGCAUCAGGCACCACCACCUGCAGCAGCAGUGCGCCGGCUUCACGGCGCUGGCUUCGGACCGCGGCUCGUUUGGCCAGUCCGGCGGAGGACACCCCAUGGAGCUCGGCCUGUUGGAAGAGGAACUCUUUGUGCCGACCCCCAAGGUGAGCGGCUGCAUGCUGGAGCCCGUGCCUCCGACUCGCAAGGGCCGCUCGGUGUCGCCCAUCAGCCCCGUGAUGGAGGCCUCCAUCGACGAGGGCGUGGAGAUGGAGGAGCCGUGCGACUCGGGCCGCGGGCUCGCGGGGCUCACCCCGCUGGCCAACGCAGUCGCCCCUCCCUCGCGCCACGACGCGGCCAGGACGGCGUUCGCCGACGGCGGAGGGGACGGGGGUGGCGCGCUGCACGAGAGCACGGAAACGUACUUCUUGCUGGGCUCGGGCUCGCCGUUCGGCAGCAUUGGCUCGGAGUACUGCGAGCUGGGCACCGUGCUGCAUCACUCUAGCCAGGAUCUCCCGCCCGGCGCUCCCCCUCCUCCGCCUCCUCCUCCCCUGCCGCACCAGCACCAACGGCACCACCAGCACCACCAACAGCAGCAGCAGCAGCUGGCGGCGUUGCCCGCGGCCGCGGUGGGAGCGCCGGGCGGUUGCUCCCAGCGCGACGCGGACGGCGGCGGGACACCGUCGCCGCCGCCGCCGCCGGCGCCGCUCCCCGCCGGAGGAGGAGCCGGGCUCGUCCACCAGCAGCAGCAGCAGCAGCAGGCCGGGCAGGGCGAACGCGACGAGCACAACCGCUCUCCCGUCAGCUUCCGCGAGGGCCGAAGGGCGUCCGACACGUCGCUCACCCAGGGCGUAGUGGCCUUCAGGCAGCACGUGAGCAGCCUGGCCCGAGCGCCCGGCAUCCUGGAGCUCAACAAACACGAGGCCGAGGUGGAGGAGAUGGGCCAGCCCGAGGGCUCCGGCCUGUGCUGGCAGGUUGGCCAGGAUGGUGGCAUGCAGCAUGCUUCUUUGGGGUUCCCCGGUUCCUAUCACCCGCAUCUCCUCCUUCGCCGGCAGAGCCUUGACGCCUACGGCUUGCCUACACAUUCCCAGACCCAGGGAAUGGGGUGCAAAACCCGGAAUGGAUACGUCGUAUAUGGAAAGGACUUGCACACCAAGGGCUUGCAACAGCAGCUGCAAGAGCACAGACUCUACCAGAAGCGCAUGCAGCUGCAGCGGCUGUCCGUGCAGACGCACUUCAAGCAGCUGCACCUGAGCGAUGGGCCCUACCCUCAGCCUUCGAGCGGACUGCGCAACCAGCAGCAGUGCCAAAUCCUGACCCAACAGCAGCAGCAGCAGCAGCAGUCGCAGCAGCAGCAGCAGCAACAGCAGCAGCAACAGCAGCAGCAACAGCAGCCCUCGCACCUGCUGCCUCACCAGGACAUUCCGACACACAGCCUGCACAGCCACCUGCACCAAAUGCAGCUGCAGGAGAACCAAGGAGGCCAGUACGCGACAGCUCAGCAGGGCAGUGACGCGCAUGCAAUGCUCCCGCAGCACUUCCACUUGCAGCAACAGCAGCAGCAGCAGCAACAGCAGUCGCUUCAGCAACCUGAGCAGGUGUACGGACACCCGCAGCACUACUCGCAUCACCUGCAGCAGAGCAGCCAGGCUUCCCAGUUGCAGCUACAGCAACAGCAGCAACAGCAGCAGCAGCAACAGCAGCAGCAGCAGCUGUACGCGCAUCAGCUGCAGCGCGGGCCGCAGGCUUUCACAUCAGGGGCGGAGGCUCACGUGACGUUUAGCCGCCCUUCCAGCUGCGACGAGCUCCUGCAGGCGCAGCUGCAUAGGCAGCAGCAGUACCAGCUGCACCUGCUGCAGGUGGGCGCCGACGGGCAGGAUCUGCGGCCGCAAGCGCCGGCGCCGUACGAGCCCGGCGCAGGCGAGGGCCCCCGCGCCGACGGCGCCACGUACCUCGAGCAGUGCCGCUUCGCGCGCGACUUCCUGCAGGGAGGGCAGCCCUUCGCGGUGCCGGCGGGCGGCGCUGGCGGCGGUGAGCGGGGCCUCCUCCUGGACGGCGGAGAGAGGCCGGGGCGGGUGACGUACCGUGACGCCGGUGCCGCCGGAGAGGAGCUCGAGCUGCUGGGCUGCGAGAUGAUGGAGGCGACGGAGAAUCAGUCGACGGUGCUCGCUGGCUGCUGGUGACUGCCACCCACCCCACCCCCCCCCGCCCUCACCGCGAGGGAAGCGGAGGUGGAACGAAAGCCCGGGAGAGACUCUUUGUUGGCGCGCCUCGUGGCGGUGCCGCGUUGCAGCGAUACUGCGCGCGCCGGUGACAGUUUGUCGCUACGCCCGACAGCAUUUUGUUUGGGAAUGUCUGCGUUCGAUGAGGGGAAGCGUUUCAGACGGGGAGAGCCUCUUCCCCAACCCGGACGCUUUCCCGUCAGUUUGUUUCCACCAAAUAAGGUAAUUUGCGAAUUCCCGUGAAGUUCCGUGGGCGACGCGCGCCGGCAGAGAGACGGACGAGAUGCAAGCCGGGUCGGCGAACGGUCCAGCAUGUGUGCACCAGUCUGGCUGCCUGAACACUGGGCCCGGCGGAUCGACCGAGGGUGGAAUAACAACGCCGCCGGUGGCAGUGCGAAGGAUUGUCGCCGCGUGGGCGGGCAGCCCGACGGGAAGGGCUGUGGGCGUAAAGAUUCAGGCAUUUGGACGUAGACGGCCGUCUGGAUUCUCAACAAAAGCAACAUCAACAUCCUGCUGCUGCUGCUGCUGCUGCUCCUUCAAACUGAAAAGCACCAAAUACGGAUGAAAUUAUUACGAACAUGAAACAGGACAUUGCCUCUUGCGGGCCAAGCACACAACCACAGGUCUAAAAUUAUAGCUUUUAACAGGUUACGCGAAUGCUUCCAAGCUUUAGAUUUGUUUUUAUUUUAAUUGUUUACGUGCGUAAGAAACAUUUCGGCCUUAAGCUGUUUGACAAGAAUGACCCACCACGGAGGACCUUGGUGAAUAAUAGCUGCGGCAAAAGGGAUAUCUUAAAUUGAGGAAGGAAUUUAAUAGGGCCAGGAGAAGAGGGUGGGGGGGGGGGGGGUGGGGCGAGCUCGUUCCCAAAGUGGGGAGGGGGGGGGGGUGGCAACGCGAGAUGAUUUCUCGUUGUAGCUGCUCCUCGCUCCGGGCACAUCUGGGGAGAAGUAGAGAGGGGGUGGGGGAGCUGCUAAGGUGAAACGGCGAUGGCCGCAAAGAACGUGGUCAAGGAAGCGAUCGGCCGAUUUGGCUUGAGGAUGAAUGAUGCCCGAUGGCGCCCUCUGCCCUCCGAGUGUCCAGGGGGGCAUUGGAGUUGCGCGUUUGAGUACGGAUCGCAGUGGUGCGAUCUGUACGGGGCGUCCAGUACAAAACGAAGGGCUGUGAAUGGUACACGGGAACCAAGCGUUUUAGGGCACAUCCUCAAAAUGUGCGUGUUCUCCCCGCCCCUCCACCCACCUACCCACCCGUUUUUUUUUUAUUUUAUAUAUAUAGCUUGUGAGUUCUCUUGUCAAGAAGACUAUAGAAAAAAAUAUAACAACAGCUGUGCGUUUGACAAACGUUCGAACAAUGAAACCGCUGGCUGGCUGCUUACGACGAACUAAUAUGUCAAAAGUGGCAUCCGGCUGAUGUGCUAUCAUUCUUCGUCACCAUGGAACAACUUAUUUUUGUGGUCAUUCUUAAACUUUAAUGUUUUAAAAAACACAUCAAUCAUUUUCUUUUAAUGUAAGCAGUACAUGCGUACAUACAUCAGCGUGGUGACAUCUGAAUAUCUAGCAUUUAAGACGGGCUUCAGUGUUACGUACAAAAAAAAUAGUGUUUGAUUGGUUGCUGACUAUCAUCAAAUGACUGUGAAACGCGUGACUUUUCAACUGUGGGGGCGAUGCAAUAGGAUCGUUGUUUUGCUGCACAGAAGACCCACGCCUUUGGCAUGAUGAUGCAUCGUUACAGUGGCGUAUCGUCGGUUGCCGUGGGAAUCUGGUGCAAGUAAUUAAAUGCGGGGGGGGGAGCGGGGGGGGCACCCCACUGUCCAAUCCCUACCUCUUCACAGCCCGGCACCUGGGUUCUAGCGCUGUUCGCACCUUCCCCUACCACCCUGUGGCUACGUCACCGCGUCGUGGCGGUGACCCGUGAGCAUGGGAAAAUUAAACGCCGUGACCCGGCUGGAGAGGAAAGGAGCCACGAGAAGACCCAGCUGCAGCUGCCCCCGGGCAGCUCCCUGUGAGCCCCCAGAGCUUCCAGUAACCGAGGGGCGACGUGUUCACUUGGGGUCGCCCAAAAAGAGACGUUCACGUUCGUUCUCCCCUGCAGUUGUCGGCGCCGCGCUUUGAGUCGCGGAGCAGUGCUGCAACCAGCCCCCCCCCCCCCCCCCCCGACCGUAUGCAGCAGGUUACCCUGGUUGAUUAAAUUGGGGGCAGUCGAGGGAAGUCGUCGAAUCGGAUGGAACACAGGGACGCGUCGAGCCCGCGUUGCCAGGGAAAGUUGGCCCCUCCGUGAGCACAUGCAUAGGGCCGACAGGCAAAUGUGGUUGUCAAAAAUUUGAGUAAAAUGUCGAGUCACAGUAACGUUAAAAUAGUGUGUCUCAACAUUGAAAUAUAUGGUGGGGGGUUUUCUUUUUUUACACAUUACGGUUUUUAAAAAAAAUUGGUCCACGAGCUCACCCGAGCUCGUUUGUAAUAGUGAAUGACCCCAUCGGGGGAAGCCGGACCGUCGCUCGAUUGAGGCAAUCCCUCCAUGUUUUGUUUCCUGCCGUGGGGCUGUCUUACCUCCGGGGGGGGGGGGACUGCUGCAGCUGCUUAAAUGCGCAAAGACGCACGAUGCUCCCAUGGUGCCCCCCCCCCCCCCAGCUCACGACAAUUUUUUUCUUGGCACAGUUUUUUAAAUCAAUUUGGCAUCACUGAGCCAAGCGCGGAACAUCGGGAAGGGACAAUGUUGUACGGGACAUUUAAAUUGUGAGCCCUUUUCAAUGAUCAUUCUCCAGGAUGUUGGUGGCUUUCUUUUGCCAUUGGCUUGGUACUUCGUUAAACGCAUCUGGGUUGUUUUGCGCAUUCAGGUAAACUCAAAUGCAUCUUUAAGCACCAACUCAUGUCCCCCCCCACCGCAGCGAUAUUUAGAUCAACAGUGGUAAUUUUUCUCUGUUAAGUGUUGUGCAAUUAUUAAUAAUAAUAAUGAUAUUACAAUAUUCAUAAUUGGUGUCAGUGGAAUACGGUGUUAUUGAAGAGCGUGCUCGAGAAAAAAAAGCAACUUUAAAAUAUUUGCGAAUGACAUCGAUAUUAUAUAAUUGCCUAUUGUGUCCUUUGGUUUGUGCUAAAUUCCACAAUGUUUAUCAACUUGAAAAGAAAUGCGAAUGUAUAACUGUAAAAUCAGGCGGUGUUUUAUGUUUAUUCAGAGGGUGGUUAAAUUUUGUGUGUUUCUUCAAUAAUAAUAACAGUAAUAAGCUUAAUGCACUGCUUUCAUUGAAUGUGUACAUUUAUAUUUAACAUUAAAUUUAUUGUUUUGCCUCCGUUUCAGGCACGUCGGUCUGAUAAUAAUAACUUUUCGCUCCAGUGGUUCAUGCCUUUUUAUGUUGCUUGUGUGUUAAUUUUAACUGUAAAUUUUUGGUACUUUUGCUGUACAGACUAACAACAAUUAUACAUAUUACAAAAACUGUAAUAUAAGUGAUAGUAU